ACCUUGAGAUUGUCGUCGUGCAUCGAGAAACGUGAAGAAUCUCCUCGUCACAAUCAACAUAAGUGAUUUGCGCCAACACAACCAUGGACCUGGAGGAAGCGGUGGACAACCCCAGCGAGCAAUAUGCGGAACGCGAGGAAUUUGAGAAGCUUUAUUAUACCUUAGUUGCUUCUUCGCGUCAGCUGAUUGGCAGUGCUCGUGGGCAUCUUACAGGGGACUCCGCUUCCGAGGUGGUAUCUGAUACUUCGCACAAACACAAACACUCAUCAGUUCGCUUACCCAAAAUUGAACUACCUAAGUUCUCUGGCAGCUAUCAUGAUUGGUUAGAAUUCAGGGACACAUUUAUUUCCAUUAUACAUAAAAAUGAAGACAUAGACAAAGUCAAUAAAUUGCAUUACCUUCGUGCUUCUUUGAAGGGUAGCGCCUCUCUUAUUAUUGAUAAUUUAGAGUUUGGGUCAGAUAAUUACGAUGCUGCAUGGGAGUUGCUCUGUUCUAGGUACGACAACAAAAGACUGCUUGUCAAUAACCAUGUUCAAGCCAUUUUUAAUCUGAAUGGUAUCAACAAGGAGUCAAGCAAAUCAUUACGUCACAUAGUUGACACAGUAAAUAAAAAUUUAAGAGCCUUAUCCACUCUCGGUCAGCCAGUCCAGCACUGGGACACUCUUAUUAUUUACAUUAUGACCAGUAAGCUUGAUCAAGUGACGAAUCGUGAGUGGGAAGAGCACAGAAAUUCUUUAGCUGACCCUCCAACAUUAGGCGUGUUUGUAAACUUUAUUAGUAGCAGAGCUGACUUAUUGGAGACACUCGAGGAGUCUAAACCGUUUAAAUACAAAACUGAAAGCAUUGUAAAUAAUACUCAUAAAUCCAAAUCCUUUGCAGUAACAUACGAAUCUUCAAACUCAAAACCUUUAUCUUGUCCCAUUUGUAAAGAAAGUCAUUUCCUGUUCCAAUGUAACAAGUUUAGAAUCUUGCCAGUUCAGGACAGAAUCAAGAAAGCUCACACUUCUAACGUAUGUCUUAAUUGUCUUCGGCCAGGUCAUUACGCACAAAAAUGCAAAUUAGGUCAUUGUAGGUAUUGUACUGAAAAACACAAUACUUUGCUUCACACAGACAAAGAGUCUCCUAAUAUGCAAAACAUAGUUCUGUCUGCCAAUCACCUUAAUACAUCAAGGGUUGUGUUACUGUCCACAGCGCUCGUGAAAGUGUCAGAUGCUGAGGGCAAUCAUCACGAUGCCAGGGUCUUACUGGACAACGGAAGCACUGCGAACUUCAUAUCUGAAGACUUCUGCCGCAAGCUACGUAUCCAUACUUAUCCCAUUAAAUCUCAAGUAAAAGGCAUAAACAAUCAGUCCUCGGCUUGUACACAUGGCUGUACAAUUUUAUUAAAGUCACGACAUAGUGAAGCUGAGAUAGAUCUAAACUGCCAUGUCAUAUCAAAGGUUUCUUCAUCAAUUCCAAAUACCUUCAUCAAUACGAAUCACAUCCGUUUACCUAGCAAUAUAGUCCUUGCUGACCCUAACUUUCAUACUCCGUCUUGCAUCGACAUCCUAGUCGGAGCGGAAAUAUUUUGGGGUAUCAUAGGCACGACACGCAUUCCGCUAGGUAAAAACAUGCCUACAUUAGUUGAUUCAAAAUUAGGUUGGCUCGUUACGGGCGUUUUACAGCAACCUAAUAAAUUAUCCUCUCACAGUUUCUCCUUCGUUACUCUUACAGAUGACUUACGGCUGAGCCUGAAUCGCUUCUGGGAGCUAGAUUCAGUCCAACCACAAUACAAACAGACAUGCGAGGAGCGCUCCUGCGAAGACAUCUUCGUAGAGACCACAUUUCGCGAUACGGAUGGACGGUUUGUUGUUACUAUCCCACUUAAAGAAUCACCUGACGUGUUAGGUGACUCAUAUUCAAUGGCCAAGCGUCGUUUCCUUUCUCUUGAACGUCGUUUGGCCAAGGACCCCUACUUAAAGCAACUUUAUGUUAGCUUCAUGACAGAGUAUAUAGAGUUAGGCCACAUGUCCGAGUGUAGUCACCUCAACACUACGUAUUCUUACUCUAACUACUUGCCUCAUCAUGGAGUAUUGAAUGAAUCAAAGUCUACAACCAAGCUUAGGGUUGUCUUUGACGCUUCGGCCCGUACUGCAUCAGGUAAGUCGUUUAAUGACAUACAAAUGGUUGGUUCUCCUUUACAAGAUGACUUAUUAACCAUCUUGCUUAGGUUUCGUCAACAUAUGAUAGUCGUCAGUGCAGACAUCGAAAAGAUGUAUAGAGUCACUCGCGUGAACGACAUGCACAAACCUCUGCAAAAGAUUCUUUGGAGAGCAGAACCAACUCAUCCCUUAAAAACAUACACCUUAAACACAGUGACGUAUGGCACUGCUUCUGCGCCAUUCUUAGCAACCAGGUGUCUCAUGCAGCUUGCUAAAGAGUGUGAUGAUCCAUCAACGCGCUCUACAAUAGAGCACGACUUCUAUGUUGACGAUUACUUAUCAGGCAGUUCGUCUGUUAGGGAAGCGGUAGACAGGUGUCGGAAUGUCAUUGCUGUUCUUAAAACAGGUAAGUACAAUCUACGUAAGUGGCAAUCUAAUUCACGCGAUGUACUAAAGGCCAUUUGCGAGGAUCAGGUCAGUUCUGAUUUCGUCACUCUUAGUGAAAAUGAGUCGUCAAAGACUCUAGGGCUAAACUGGAGCUGCUCUUCAGAUACAUUUUACUUCUCAAUCAGCGUCACUCCCAGCACCAGUACUACAAAACGUCAAAUCUUAUCAACAAUCUCCCAAAUAUUUGACCCCAUUGGCUUGGUUGUUCCUUGCAUCGUAGAAGCUAAAAUACUAAUGCAGCGUCUGUGGCUUAAAGGUUGCUCUUGGGAUGAACCCGUUUCUGAAGAGUUUCAAAAUAUCUGGAGUGACUUCUUAAAUACUCUACCUCUUUUGAAUCAAUUCAAAAUACCACGAUGGGUCUCCUGCGAAUCAGUGGCUUCGUUACAGUUGCAUGUCUUCACUGACGCCUCUGAGAGGGCCUAUGGUGCAUGUGUAUACAUUCGCAGUGAAUCAAAAGGUGGGAAGGUACACAGUCAUCUUCUAACGGCUAAAAGCAAAGUUGCGCCAGUCAAAUCCAUGACCAUUCCCCGCCUCGAACUUUGUGCAGCAUUAUUGGGCUCACGCCUUUAUGUUAAGGCUCGUCAGUCACUGACAUUACAGUUUGACGAAAUAUACUUCUGGUGUGACUCCACAAUAGUGUUAGGCUGGUUGUCUGCAUCACCGACGCAACUGAAAACUUUUGUCCGUCAUAGAGUUUCUGAGAUUCAGGAAACUACUGCGGGAAGGCCUUGGCUCUACGUUCCUUCUUUUUUAAACCCCGCAGACCUCGCUUCGCGUGGACUCAGAGCGGACAAACUGCUAUCCUCUUCGUUGUGGUGGUCAGGACCCCAAUAUCUUCUUGAAGGCACAUCUUCUUGGCCUCAAUUCCCUACAUCAACUCAUCAUGACUUGAAGCUUCCUGAAACGGCUUCGUCCUACCAUGUUGAUAUUCCUAAUAAAACAGAAAUUCUUAUUUGUUCUUUAUUUCCUAAACAUUCAUCCAAUCUUUACACACUACAACGUAUGAUUGCAUACGUGUUACGAUUUUAUAAUAAAUGUAGAAGACAGUCAUCUGCCUAUGGUGCUCUUACUUCUACAGAACUAAAUUCAUCUUUGCAUUUUCUUUGCAGAUUAUCUCAGCAGGAGUCGUUCUCCGAAGAGUAUAGUUUGCUUUUAGCAGGCAAACAAUUACCUGCUAAAAAUAAGCUUCUUUCCCUAUCUCCAUUCCUUGAUACUGACUCAAACCUAAUACGUGUUGGAGGCAGGUUAAGUAAUUCAUUUUACGAUUACAACAUAAAACAUCCUAUUCUCCUGUCCUGUUCGCAUAUUGUUUGCAAAUUACUAUUCAAUAUGUACCACUCACGUCUUUUGCAUCCAGGACCUCAACUCUUACUUGCCACGAUUCGCCACCAUUUCUACCCUCUUGGGGGCAGGAACUUGGCAAAGAAGGUCACACAUCAAUGCGUAAAAUGUUGCAGGAUAAAGGCAAGCACUAUCCAGCCUGUAAUGGGUAACCUUCCCGAGCAACGCUUGCACCUGGAGUUUCCUUUCUUAGAUUCAGGCGUCGACUACGCCGGACCUAUUAUGAUAGCUGACCGUAAAGGACGAGGGUGUAGGCUUGUUAAAUGUUUCAUAUGUGUUUUUGUGUGUCUAGCUACCAGAGCCGUCCACCUUGAACUUGUAUCGGAUCUCACGAAGGAGGCUUUUCUGGCUGCCAUGAACCGUUUUAUUGCUCGAAGGGGAAAGCCUCGUAAUAUUUUCUCCGACAACGGUACAACGUUUGUCGGUGCCUUCAAUGAGUUGGCUAACUUACUUUCACAAGACUUACGGUUCGAUGUGGUUGAUCCUGGUAUCAACUUUUCAUUUAUCCCUGCAUACACUCCUCACUUUGGAGGACUAUGGGAGUCCGCGGUGAAAUCCACUAAACACCACCUUAGGAGGGUUCUAGGCUUAACAAAUUUAACAUUUGAAGAGAUGGCAACAUGUCUUAUUCAGGUGGAGGCGAUCUUAAACUCAAGGCCCUUAACUCCACUCUCCAACGACCCUUCAGACCUUAUUUCCUUAACUCCAGCACAUUUCCUGAUUGGACGCUCACUUGUUAUGUUGCCUCACCCACAGAUCGAGAGUACCAACAUCUCCAAUCUCCAGCGGUUUCGACGCAUCGAGUGCCUCAAACAGCAUUUUUGGAAUCGUUUCUCUCAGGAGUACAUUUUAUGGCUGCAGGAGAGAACGAAAUGGCAGCGGUCUUCGGGAGAGCUGAAAGAAGGGACUCUCGUUGUCAUCAAGGACAAAGGCUUACCACCUCUACUCUGGCUUCUAGGGCGCAUCACUCGGGUGCUCCCUGGCAGAGACGGCAUCGCAAGAGUCGCCGACAUCCGCACACGAAGGGGUGUCAUUCGGCGAGCAUUCAACACCAUAUGUCCUCUACCUGUGUCUGUUGAAGACUCUUCAACGGGGGGAGGAUGUUGAGUCAUGCACUCAAUGGCCUCCGCUGCGCACUGGAGGGGACGACAGACGGCGGCGUGCGCGGCGACGACCGCCUGCCCCGCACGGCCGCCGUCUCGCCAGUCAGCUGUUGGACACUACGACGCACGUCCGCGCUCGCGCCUUCUAAACCACAGUUAUAUUCAAUUUCUUAUAACCAUUAUUGUAACAGUCUAGUUAAUUAUUAUAUUGCGUAUUAUACAGUCCACAAGUACAUUAUUUCUCUCCACUUAACCAUCGA